AUGGUUUCCGAGAAGGAUCUGGGUGCUUGCGAUGUCGGUCCACGCGAUGGUGAGGAAGUCACAAACGGGAACGUGCCUGACGAUGGGCACAGGACCGAAGCGGAUGUGGAUCGUGGUGAACGCGAGCAGGUGGUAGUGCGCGAAACCAAGGAGCGAUAUGUCGCGUACAACAACGGCAAGAAGGCGAUCGAGUCGCCCGAGAUGCAGAAGAUGCUGCCCGAGGAUCUGGAGGAUAUGUACCGAGACAUGCCAAUCACCAAGGAUACGUCGUGUGGGCUGUGGAUAUUCAAGGGACCGCUUUUACAGAGAUUCGCCAACAAGAAGGUGUACGUGUUCAUGUACGGUGUGGUCGGGUGCAUCUUUUCCGCCACCUACGCGUACUUUAACGGCACCAUUACGACGCUGGAGAAACGGUACAAAAUUCCGAGCAAAAACACGGGCAUCAUCUCGGUGGGUAACGACAUCAGCGCCCUGCUGCUAUCGGCUAUCCUCAGCUACUACGCCGGUAAAGGCCACCGGCCGCGCUGGAUCGCGGUCGGGCUGCUGAUGAUAACGAUCUUCUGCUGGAUGACGGCUCUACCGCAUCUGCUGUACGGACCGGGUGAGGCCGCUCUGUCGCUGACCACCGAAUACGGUGCCACGUACGAUGCCAACCAAACGCUUGAGGUGCUGGAAGCUCAGAAGGCGAAAACGCUCUGCCGAACUAAUGCGACACGUGGCGCCGAGUGCGAGCGAGAAGAAGGCAAUCUGGCACCACAGAUCGUACUGUUCGUAGCGCAGUUCAUCUCAGGCAUCGGUAGUUCGCUUUACUACACGCUGGGCGUUUCCUACAUGGACGAUAACAUCAAAAAGUCCAAAACGCCCGCCCUGGUGAGCGUCUCAUACUUCUUGCGAAUGCUCGGCCCAGCCAUCGGGUAUGCACUGGCGUCUUACUUCUUGAAGCUGUACAUCUCACCUUCGAUGACGCCCACCAUCGGUACGGCCGAUCCUCGCUGGCUGGGUGCCUGGUGGAUGGGUUGGUUGAUCCUUGGUGCCGUGCUGGCGUUCUUCGCCAUCUUUAUGGCCAUGUUCCCGAAGCAACUACCCCGGGCAGCCGUACGUGCGCGAAUCGCACAGGAAAAGCGCCGACUUGGGAUGCAGCUGAGUGAUGCAUCGCGUCGCGAGGAUGAACUGCCCGCCUCGUUCAAGGACAUGCUGAAGACGUUCAAACGGCUGGUUCGCAACAAAAUCCUGAUGCUGAACAACAUUGCGUCGGUGUUCUACUUCUUCGGGUACAUGCCGUACUGGAUCUUCACGCCGAAGUACAUCGAGACGCAGUACAAGCAGUCGGCGUCCACCUCGAGCCUGGUCACGGGCACGGUGGCGCUAGUGUUCUCCGCUGUCGGUGUCCUGUUGUCGGGACUCGUCAUCUCGAAGUACAAACCGCGCGCACGCUACAUGGCCGCGUGGAACGUGAUUGUCGGUGUGCUCUCGGUGAUGGGCAUGAUCGCGUACGCCUUCCUGGGCUGUUCGGCUAGUGAGAACUCGGUCAUCGUCAACAUUUCCUCGCAAACGGACACAACACCGACGUGCAAUUCGGCCUGCCAGUGCGAUUACGUCAAGUACUCGCCGAUUUGUGGGGAAGACGGCAAUACGUACAUCUCCGCCUGCCACGCAGGCUGCCAGCGCCAGAACCAGUACGGUGACCUCAAGAUCUACGGCGAGUGUUCGUGCAUCACUUCAGUGGCGAAUUAUACCAGCCCGCUUUACCAACAGCUGCUCACUGGUGGCAAUCGCCGUGCGGGACUCGCGGACGAGAAGAUGCUUUCAGUCGGAGGAUCCGCCAUCGCUGGGCCGUGCCCGAUGGACUGCUACAAGGAGUUCGUCACCUUCCUGGUUGUGAUGUGCUUCCUGAAGUUCUCGGGCGCGACCGGGAGGGCAAGCAACUUCCUGGUGUCGGUGCGGUGUGUUGAUGAGCGGGAUAAGGCAGUGUCGAUGGGCUUCGGUAUGAUGGUGCUGAGUCUGAUGUCCUUCAUACCGAGCCCGAUUUUCUUUGGUCUCGUGCUGGACAAGACAUGCCUUGUGUGGGGCAAAACGUGCACUGGCAAGGGUAAUUGCUGGCUGUAUGAUGGUGAAACGCUCAGGUAUUUGCUGAACUUUAUUGCGGCAGCUUUCGUGCUGGUGGGGACCUUGUUCGAUUGUGGCGUGUGGUAUUAUGUGAAGGAUCUGAAGAUCUUCGACGACGAGGUAAAAGACAAGGAGAUUGCGUUGGCAGAAAAAGAAGAAGAAGCUGUAAUGGAUCGGCCGGCUUAGAGGAUAAGAAUGUCGAAGGAUUAGCUUUAACUCGUGGAUCAAUUCUGCUUCACCGCUCGUCGGUGCGAAGCGAAGCGGAGUUGUAGUUGAUACAUUUUGUUACGCGCGUGUUAAGAUUUUUCAUAGUUGUUAAA